AUGAUAAAGCAGAGGGUGACACUAGCAAGCGUAUCUCCGUUGAGCUCUCACCUGACUUACUGCUCGUUUCUUUACAUAUUUGAGCCUUCCCUUACCAAGGCAGAUCGAGAGUCGGCAAAGAGGGUAAAGGGCACUGGUGGUGUCGGUGGUUUAGUCAGGGAUUUUGAAGUAUAUGGCAACAUGGGACUUAGCGGCGAGGUUGUAGACCUCUUCCAGACGGUUGGAACAUGGCAUGGAUUUGUUGUCAGACUGGUUGUGAAGUUACUCGAGAUCCGCAAAGGACGACUGGGCAUCGGACAGCGACAGGGUUAUGGAAAGAGGACGGAUCAGGAAAGGGGUUGA